GUCUUCACUUAAAAAAGCUGCUAUCGAUGAAAGCUUUCCUGGUCUAGAUGCUUUAUGUCAUGACCUUGAUUUAUAUAUUCAAGAACUGGACCAAAAGGAUACUACUGUACGUGUAUCUAUAUUAAAAUAGAUGCUAAGCACUUAUCCUAUAGCCAACAACCCCUAUCAAGAGACAAGAAGACUACUCUGCCAUGUCUAAAAGUACGAGUCUAACAACACUCACAAGCAGUACAAGCAGCACUCGCCCUUCUUUAGGAUCCGAUAUCAAAAGUGCUUUUAUGUCUGAAAUAACCCGUUGCUUUGUACAGAAAAUACUUCAAUUAGUUCAGACACGCAAUAUUUUCUGCUCAACUGAAUAUCCCUAUGGUUUUACCGGUCAAGAAGCAGUGGGUGUCCUUUCUGAUAUUGUAGGGUAUGAUUGGUCUAGAAAGGAAUACAAAAGAAUGGCUCGGUCGAUUAUGCAUUCGUCUGUACCACCCUUAUUUUAUCCUGUAACUUAUUCAGACAAAUCAUUAAAAACAAACACCCUGUACGAUUCGGAUAAAGAAGCAUAUACUUUAUGUGAAGAAUAUGUGUAUUAUGAUACGAGACAGUAUCCACAAGGCUUAUUUACUCAGUUGACACACUGUUAUUCACCACUUUGUACAAGGGGAAACACACUUGAAUGCUAUGCCCCUACUUGUCCAAACAAAAGACCUGUGCUCAGCCAAUCUACCAUCAUCCAUAAAGAGCUUCAUCGUAAUCUUUCACUGACUUCUUCAGUUGCAUCGUCACAAGAUACGUUUUCUUCAAGAUGUUGGUCAAAUACAAUACCUCGCGAAAUUCUUCAAAAGACAUCCCCUAAAGAAGCCAAACGACAAGAAGCCAUUUUUGAGUUGAUCUAUACAGAAGAAGAUUAUGUACGAGACUUGAACUUGUUAGAUGAGUUGUUUGCCAAACCAUUGUUGACUGCACAAUGCAUCGAGCCUGAAAUACGCCAUUCAUUUUGUCAGUCUGUGUUUGGAAACUACUCAGACAUCAUGCAUCUUCAUCGCAUCAUGUAUCGCGAACUUCGAGACCACCAACUUGCUAGUUUACCAGACACUGGUUUUGUGGACGACAUUAGCACGAUUAUGUUGAGCUAUGUAGAUCGUUUCAUGAAGAUAUAUACAACCUAUGGUCCUCAUUUUGUACUGGCAGAAUACACUGUGAAAAAAGAAAUGACACACAACAUGUUGUUUCAAAACUUUGUUCGAGAAAAAGAAAAGCAAGCAGAAACAAGAAAACUGCCCUUUCGUCAUUUUAUGAUCUUGCCUAUCACUCGGUUACAGCGAUACCCACUUUUGUUGAGUGCUAUCUUGAAACGUACUUCUGUGGACAGUCAGAAGCACCAAUUGACACAAUGUAUUGACACGAUCAAACAAGUCGCCAUACGUAUGGAUGUACUGACACUGGAAGCCAAAGGUGUACUACGUGUCCAUCAGAUCAAAGAUCAAAUACGCUUUAAGCCAGGAAGACCUGUCAUGGACCUCGAUUUAGACGGGCGACAGUUGAUUUAUGAAGGUAUCAUGAAGCGUAGGUCUCAUCUGGAAUGGGUUGAGCUCUAUGUGUUCUUGUUUGAUCAUUUACUGUUGAUGACAAAACCAAAACGGUCUUUGGAAACAGACCAUAUUGAAGCGUACGUUAUCUCGAAAGCACCCAUACCUCUUGCCUUGUUGGCUGUGAAUCAUGUCUCAGAAAACUUUAUCCUGAGCACAUUUCGAACCAACAGUUCGAGGUCCAUGCCAAGCACAGAUCCAGCCAUACAUCGUUCUUCGUUAUUGAUACGCCAUUUUGGCAAGCAUGGAGGUGAAUAUGUAGUUUAUACAGAUAACCCAAGUGUAUGGAAAGAGAAAAUCACAAUAACACAGCAACGAUGGCUUGCAAAAGAUCAGAGUCAUCAUGUCUUUAGAGUCAUGCCUAUCAGUGACACACCCUCUGUUAAAGCAACGUGUGCUGCAUCUUUUUUGAGUGCAAAAGGAGGAACCAACAUGAUUGUGAUUGGUACACAGCAAGGUAUUUGGAUAGGAAAAGAAGGGGAUCCGCAUCGUUUGAAACAAGUAUUGAUGAUACCUGAUGUAACACAAAUUGGUGUUCUUCAGGCACACAAUGUACUUUUGGUACUUGCAGAUAAAGUAUUGACAGCUUAUUAUUUGGCUCAGUUGGAUCCAUUCAAUCUUACACAUGUCCUUCAUCCUUCCUCAGCCAAGCAUCUCACUACGAAAUACAGUUAUCGAGUUGUGUCCAACCACGUUUCUUUCUUUCAUACAGGCACAAAUAAUGGAAGAACACUUGUUAUUACCAUGCGAAAAAAGGGAUCAGAUAGUCAAUUCAAAGCCUAUGAGCCUGUCUGUGGUGAUCUAAUGGACAAGAAGAACGCAAAAUAUCUUGUUACCAAGACUUCAUUCAUCAGUAAACCACCUGCAUGGUUCAAACUCUAUAAAGAGUUCUAUGUUGGUACAGAAGCAACGGCUGUGCACUUUUUAAAGACCAAAUUACUGAUUACAUGUCGUCGUGGUCUUGAAGUAUUGGAUCUAGAGGACCUUAGUCAAGUAGGACACCAUUUGCCUGAUUUACAGAAGCGUGAAUUUGGAUUUGUUAUCAUGGCAGAAGCAUGUCCUUUGGGCUUAUUUCGAUUUAAUGAGAAGUUCUUGAUGUGUUAUGAUAAAUUUGCAUUUCUGAUUGAUUCGCAUGGUGAUCUUGUCAGGGAUCAAUAUGAAAGGAUGGAAUGGGAAGGUAUUCCUCAGACAGUAGCGUAUUAUUAUCCUUAUGUGAUUGGAUUUGAUGCCAAUUUUAUUGAAGUUCGACAUGUUGAAACAGGCAAACUAAUACAAAUCAUCUUGGGAGAUAAUAUGCGACAUUUACCUUGUUCUCUUCAAGAAGCAAAUCAAACACACCUUAAUAUUUAUGCAUCUUCUUCACAUUUGAUAAAAGUAGACCAUCACCCUGUAUUUAAACUAGAGCCUCUGUUUUCUUAAAUUUUGUAUCAUAAAUACCAUGUAAAUAUCUACCCCCCUCUUACACACACACACAUAUAUAUAUAUAUAUAUAUAUAUAUAAUAAACUACUGAAAAACAAA